AUGACCUCAAAGAGCGUACUGGCCGGUGGAGGGCAAUUCGUUGCCUCGCUGCGCUUCGUUUCCCACAGGCUAUUGCGGACCACCCCCCGUCUCACUGCGCAAAUAGCAAUCUGCUUCAUAUUCGUCUACUUCCUCGCGACGUUUACGCCGACCUCGCUGUUUUGGGAAGGGUAUGAGAACAUUCUACCUUGGGGUUCCUUCAACCCGUCAAUCACCAAGUCCACAGACGAUGUGCGCGUCGUAGUCUUUGGGUCGCAGGAUGUCUUUGGCAGCGCAGUGCCCGCCUCGGAUUCGUCGAGGUCAUCGUGGACUCUGCAGCUCUGCAAAGAGAUGGGCUGCACAUCGUACCGCUCUCUGGUACCGCCGGAAAAUGCGCAACCCGCAUUAACAUCGAACCAAAUUUACCAAACCGCAGUCGACGAGUUUCUGGCGUCCGUCGAAGGCGCGGACCUGCUCGAGUCGCCGGCUUCCGAUUACGAGUUUCUCAAGUCGCAGUACCCUGUUCCGACGGUGUCGGAUCUCACAUCGCAAGUACGCCAGUUCCUUUCCACCCCGCCAGAAAGAACGCAGUCGAGGAGCACCGUCUGGAUCUUCAGCUUCGGGACGUGGGAGGUAUGGAACCUGGCCGCUCUGCCCAUCGAGACGGCGAAUGAUGUUCUCGACGACAUGGUGCAACACAUUUUCCAACAGGUCGAGCUCCUGUACCUCAAAGCCCUCAACCCAAAGUCGAUUGCGUUUUCCAGUUUCUGGACCGGCAUGAGCUCAAAGUCCAUGAAGAAGUUAAUGGCCCCAACCGCGCCGCAAAAAAUCGACGACCGGGCGCUCGAAUCGUUUCGUAUACUCGUACCACAGCUUUUCGACAUGACCCUCGCGCCGGUAUGGCAGACUCGCCCGAUGCCGCCGUAUCCUCACACGCGAGCGGAGCACAUGCGCAACGCCGUAGCGUUGACGCAACGCUGGAACCGACAGGUCGAGAGACAAAUGGCGGCGUGGCAGGACAAGGGGCGGUCGAAGCCGGACGGCGUGGACAAGGAACAGGUGUUGAACACCAGCGAGCAGCCCACGAGCGACUCUGCCAUCAAAGACUUUGUGGAUGCCUUGCCGGUGGACAUGCGCCCGAAAACGGGCGCGGUCAACCUCGCCUUUGCGCCGUAUCCGAAACGACUGGGCUCGCAACUGGCGACGGUGACUGGGAUGACGGACCUGAUGAUGAAUGCGGCGAUGCGGCAGAGUGGCGCGUAUGACUCGGCUGGGAACGGAGCGCCGGCGGCGAACGAGUCGCUGCUCUUCGCGAAUACAUGGGACCCGUGCUUCGCGAGCGCGAUGGAUAUACCCGGACAGGGUGAGCGUGACGAAACGUCGUGCAGCGCGCCCGAUGACUAUUUGUUUCAUGACGCUGCUACUCUGAACCAACGAGCUGUUGACGAUGUUGCGUCGAGGAUGGCGAGACUCGUUCUGGAGGGGCUCUUUCCACCGCUACGCAAGUAA